UCACGUUCGGUGUUUGAGGCCACGACUCCCGUAGUCCGGUCCCCUUCCCUCAGCACGAAACCAAAACGAGUCCACACGAGCCAGCCGCUCGGCGUCGCCGUCCGUGGCCCGCCGCCGCUUGACGGAGUAGCAGCAGCAGCAGUAGCAGGGGGAAGGCAAGCGUGGCCGGAUGGGGGUCCUGGGCGACGCCUCCGGGUGGUGCUUCUGCUCCGGCGGGGCCAAGCUGGAGCGGAUCAAGUCCAGCCUCCUCGCCGCAAAGGGCGCCGCCGUAGCUGCCGUAUCCUUCCCCAGCGGCGGCGGCGGCGGAGGAGGAGGAGGAGGGGGAGCGGGAGGCAAAGGCGGGAGCGGGCUCCUCAUCCACCGAGGCCUCCUGCUCACCACGCACGGCACCAUCCCCUCGGCCGCCGCGGCGGGCGCCGCCGAGGUCCGGCUCAGCCACGGCCGCCUCCUAGCUCGCCUGGUUCCCCAGAGGUUCUUUAUUACCAGUCCUAUUCUUGACCUUACAAUAGUUGGUCUUGAUGUCGUGGAUGGUGACUCAAGUUCACAUGGGCAACAGCCUCAUUUCUUGAAAACUUGCUUGAACCCCAGCUUGGACCUUGGCAGUACAGUUUUGCUACUGGGACAUAACAGGAGGGAUUUGGCUGUAGACGAGGGGAAGGUUGUAAUAGCUACAGACAACCUUAUAAAGUUCUCAACUGAUGAAGUCUUGUGGCAUCCGGGAUCUGCUGGGUUUGAUAUGCACGGAAAUCUAGCUUUUAUGGUCUGUGAUCCCAUGAAAAUUGCACCUUCUACACCUAAUGGGUAUGCUUCCGCAUCAUCAACUGUGCUUCUUGCAUCAAGAAAGGAUGUGCCCACACAGUUUGGGAUCCCUAUCCCUGCAGUAUGUGAAUGGUUAAAACAACACUGGAAUGGUAGCUUAGAAGAUGUUAGCAAGCCAAUGAUGACUCCUGCACGGUUGACAACCUCUGGAGAACGAAGUGGGCGUUCUUCCUUUGGUCAUAUUCGUUAUAUUAAGACCACGGAGCGAGAGGGUGGUGAUGUCUUGUCAUCAUCACAGAUACCACCAAGACCAACAUGGCAGCAUGGAGCCUGCAGCUCAGCAUCUGCCAAGAUUUCACAUGGCGAAAAGGACUCAACUGUCUCACAUUCUUUCCAUGGGCAACAUGAGCUCAUCUCAAAAAUGUGCAAACCUAAGAACGAGCAAGCUGCUUCACUUAUGGAUAUUAGCCUUCCUCCUGGGCAUUCAAGAUCUAUUCGCCUACCGCUUCCCUUGAAGCAAAUGAUGCCUGAUGAGAACAAAAAUGAGGCGAACAGGCCAGCUCCGCAUGGAACACGUCCAUCUAACGUGCAAAUCAACUGUGGCACUCUUCACAAUGUUGCUUACCAGGAAAAUUGCUGGAGUGAGGUGCAGUCCAGUUCCUCCCCACUCGCGAUAUCAGAAUUAGGAGAUGAGAGGGAUGGUUUUAGCAGCGGGGAGGAGACAAUGUACUCUGCUGAAACAAGGGAAAGCCGGAACAUUCCAAGUCCAAAGGACAAGAAGGCUGAGAUAUUGGGUCGAUCCCAAAGUUUUGUGAAUCAUAACAAAUGGGACUCACCUAAAAGUGUCGAAUCAUCAAAAGGAGUCCCCUCGAAGUCGCACACCUUCAUCCCUUUGAGAAAACCGCAUCUACAGGCUGCAGCCAUUUCACAGAAGAGCCAAGAUUAUUUCAGCCCAACCGUCUCCUCCAACAUGAAGAAGAGGAACUUGUCCCAAACUCCCAUGAAACCGAGGCAGCGUGCUCAAGUUACCUCGAAAUGGAUAACUUGAUGCAUUGACCUGUUCUCAGAAUCAUACAAAGAUAACACCUUGGUUUAGUCAGUUCCCACGGGAAAUUUCUUCUUUCUUUUUUCUUCUUUGUAGUUGUAUUUUGUAAAUGUAUUCUUGUCAUGAACUACUCUCUAUUGGCCAUUCUUUUCAGGGCACCAGAAAUUAGAAAAUAUCGCUCUUUACCGUGUAAUUCUCUACUGGAGGAGGGUAAUUCACAGGAAUGCAUUUUUUUUCUUACUGGGUUAUUCA